AUGUCAGGACAUAUAGGACGACGGCUGUUCUCGACACUGCGCACCAGCUUUAGCUCCAGCUUCCAGUUCAGCUUCCUCCAGCCCGGUCGACAGGGUGUACUCGGUCCGUUUACAGAGAACUGUCAUGGCCAGACUCCCAGCUUCAAUCUGUUUCGGAACCGGACUAUACGGCGAUUUUCGUUCUCGAGACCGAAUAAUGUGAGGAAGGUUAGUCGCCAGUUUGCGUCUGGGGGAUUGUUGGUGGUUGGUACAACCUCGACGAGGAGUGCAGCUACGGUCGAGACGGGAGCAGCAGCCUGUGCAGCAGCUUCGGCGGACAAGAGUGUUUACCAUGGCUGUAGGAGGUUUGGAAAUGGCUUAGGCCUUCAGAGUGCUGCCAGCUGGGGAUGGAGACGGUCUCUACAUACAUCAAGGGAGGGAGGCGAAAAGGAUCAUACACCAGAAACGAAGAGACAGCAGCCAUCGGAGCCAUCAAGUGUGAGCGGAGAGGCAUCUAAACCAGUUUCUGGACCGGAAAGCCCAGCUGGCCCUGCAAAGGUUGAUGGAGGACAUGGUCGAUACCAUCUGAUGGACCGGCUGCCGCAUAUGCAUCGACCUACGAAGGAAGAGCUUCUAGCUGCCGCUACAGGAUUCUGGUCACGGCUAAAGGUACGGUUCAAGUGGUUUUCCAUUAGAAGUGUCAGGCCAUUCAAUGUCGAUGAGAUCAGUACUUUUUUUUCCUGGGUUCUGCUUGGGCAUGUGUUAUGGAUUAUACUGGGAACGACGACUUUCUUUUCACUCAUAAUAUUUACUAUCAAUACCGUUUUCGCGCAAGAAACCCUUGCGAGAUGGGUUGGCAACUACCUGACACGAUCAUCAGGAGUGAAAGUUGUCUUUGAAUCAGCAAUUGUGCCUAAAUGGGGCGACGGAGUGAUAACCUUCAAGAACGUGUUUGUGUCCCGCAGACCAGGCCAAGGCAAGGGGAAUGUGAGCAAAGGAUCAUCGAAGACGGCUGCGGCUGCGGCGUUCCAGGGGAUGGAUCACCCUCGCCAGCAGAAUGACGAAGAGACAGAGGACUCGAACUACACGCAGUUCGACGUCUCUAUAGACACGGUCAACGUGACGUUAUCCUUUACCAAAUGGUUCAACAGCCAUGGCAUGUUGAAAGAUGUACAUGUUAAGGGCAUUCGGGGUAUAGUCGACAGGACACAUGUCAAGUGGACAGAGGCGGAUGCUCAGAUUGAUCCCAAAUCGUACCGGGUAGAGCAUAACCCAGGCGACUUUGAGCUGGACUCUUUCAAGAUGGAAGACGUCCUGGUCACCAUAUACCAGCCUAACAACUUCCGGCCAUUUACCCUUAGCAUCUUCUCAUGCGAUCUACCACGGCUUCGACGACAAUGGCUCAUGUACGACUUUCUGUCUGCGAACAUGAUGUCUGGUUCGUAUGACAAUUCACUAUUCACCAUCCACCCACGACAAACGCAUCGAUACACGGGAGCUCAGCUACAAGGCGGGUUAGAAGAGGACGGCAGCCGGAGUCCCUGGAAGAAACAUAAUCGAAUUCGCAUAGACGGGCUAAACAUAGACCAUCUCAACACAGGAGUCCAGGGUCCCUUCUCAUGGAUCCAUGAAGGCACAGUCGACAUUGUUGCGGACCUCAUGCUUCCUGCUGAAACGGACGAGAGCCUGAGCAAGGUUAUGUCCGAUUUCUACGACAGAAUGGAGGCCACUGUUACUGCAGACCGCUAUCAUCCGAACGACAGCACGCUGGCCCAGAACGAAGACAAUAAGCGGUUUGUGGUCACCGACUUGCGCAUACAUCUGAACAAUGUGCGAGCGGUAGUGCCCAUUUUUAACCGCGACUUGUCAUACGUUAAUAACGCUCUCAUCAGGCCCAUAGUGGCGUACAUCAACAGCCGACGAACUUUCAUCCCCAUCCAGUGCCGGCUAGUUAAGCGAGCGAGCGACUUUGAUGGUAGCUGGACCAUCUUUGACAGCGGAUUGAUGGAUGAUCUAUCUGCAGAGACAUAUGACGCCUUUGCACGAGACGUUGUCGAUGAGCAGGCUCGGACACGACGUUUCAAGAAAGUCGGCCUCUGGUCCCUCCAACUCGCUGCACAAGCCAUAUUCAUGGGCAUGGCCGGUAAUAUCAUUUAG